ACGCGCGCGCAUUUAAAACGACAACUCGGUCUUGGUGAUAUAUGAAAUUAUAUUUAUUUUGUUACUUCGAUUGAAGUUGCACAAUUUAUUACUUAAUACUUAUUUGGAGUAGUAAAAAAGGAUCAUGCCAGAUCAAGAAACAGAGAACAAUAGGGAUCUGCUCUGCAUAAAGGAUUGGCUAUCCAAGCAGCCGCAUUUACCUCACGAAGUCGAUGAGAUACUCCUCCGGCGUUUCUUGUCCAGCUGCGGCUUCAGCCUGGAGCGCACCAAACGCACCAUAGAUCUCUUCUUUACCAUACGCUCCAAUGCUCCCGAGAUCUUCUUUAACCGUGACCCAUGGGCACCGGAAAUCAGGCGCGUCCUUGAGAUCACAGACUUAAUACCACUUCCAAGAAAGACGAAUGAAAAUUACAAGGUCUUCAUAUUCAAGUUGAACAAUCCUGAUAUGGAUUUAUUCAACUUCGUAGAUGCUGUAAAGACUUUCUUCAUGCUGGCAGACACCAGACUCACUGAAGAAGACGAUAUACCCGCAGGAGAGAUCCCUAUUUUUGAUUCGUCUAAUGUUUCACUCAAGUUCAUCCCGAAAAUCAACCUAUCUGUACUAAGGAAGUACAUGUUGUAUACUCAGGAGGCUAUCCCGAUCCGACUAAAGCAAGUACAUGUCAUCAAUGCUCCGGCCUACAUCAGCAAAAUCCAUGCUAUAUGCAAACCUUUUCUCAAGACAGAAGUAGCUAAACUGAUAAAAUUCCAUGAGCCAAACUCCGACACCCUAUACAAGGAUAUCCCACAAGAGAUUCUGCCAGAGGAAUAUGGCGGUAAAGCUGGUAAAUUAGAGAAUAUUAAGCGGUACUGGAUCAAGCGAAUCGAAGCAAAAAGAGACUGGUUUUUGACUAACGACAAGCGGUGGGCAGUGGACGAAAGCCUCAGGCCUAACAGUUGCCAAGACGACCGCGCGGAUAAAGUGCGCGACUUGCCCGGAUCAUUCCGCACGCUCGCUCUUGACUAGUAAUCAUGUAGUCUUGAUUAAUAUAAAUUUACACCUUAUUAGUUUUAUUAAUUAAAAUAAUAAAUAGUUUAAUGAUAUAUAUGUCUAAAAUCGGGUUCUUAAGAAAAUUACUACAUAUAUCAUAAUUCUCAAAUGAAAUUACCAAUAGAAAUAGUCCCAUUUUGUACUAAUAAUAAAGUGCCUGAAUAAAUAUUUAGACUUGAUUUGAAAAAUGCAGAUAUUUUAUAAGCAUUAUAUGAAACUUAAAUAAUAGUACAUAAGUAUGGCUAUGAUAUGUACGCAAAAAUACAUAAACAUUGUAAAAUAUUCUGUCUUUGUGUAUAUUAAUAUAGACUAGCAAUCUCUAUAACUACUGUACUUAAAACAUUCAUACUUUUGAAGCAUUUUUUUUCCAUUUGAAAGGUAAUUAAUCAGAUGGUAAUAUGCUAUAGAUUAUAUGUUGAUUAGUCGAAGCGAAAUCGGGAUGGGGUACUAUUUAGUAUUUAAUUAGGGGAUUAAGGUAUAAAUAUGAACAUUGUUGAAAUGAACUGAGUAUAGUUAUUAGAUAAAAAAGCAUUAUAGUGAAUAAUUUCUUUAAAUGACAUGGGUCGAAAUAUGGCAAAUAUUUUCGAACUAAAUCGACCACUUAACUACUUAGUUUAUAAGUGUUUUAAAAUGCCACAAAAUUAAUUAAUUUCAUGCUCGCUAUAGUCUGCAGAUUUAAUCGUACUUUCGCUAAUUAUCAAGGUUCGUCCAUCAUACUUCA